AUAGUCUAAAACUUUCUUGUCUCUUGUCUCUUGUCUUUUACGUGCAAACUUAUUCAAGUUUCUUGAAAAUAAAAUCAUGGAUCUAUUAGGAUCUAUCCUAAACUCAAUGGAUAAGCCUCCUACGAUUAGUGAUAAACAAAAGGCGUUGAUGAAAAAGCAAAAAGAGGAGUAUCAGAAGCAUCAAAAAGCUGAAGCAGAAAGAUUAAAAAUUUUCCGAGAAAAGGUAGAAAAAAAAAUUAAUAAAUUUCUUCAAGAUGAUGAUGCAAAAGAAUACAAAUUUCCCCCAAUGGAUCAAAUUUAUCGGAGUAUAAUACAUGAUGUUGCUGAAGUGGCAAAUAUAUGGGCAUAUUCAUUUGGUGAAGAGGGUAUUGAUCGUCAUAUUGUGAUUUUUAAAAGAGAAUAUGCUCCAUCUGAAGAUCAAUUAAAUGCAUUACGUAGAGGAGAAGAAUGGAAUGAAGAAAUAGCAAGGAGAUUAGUAGAAGAAAGGGAAAGACGAGCUAAAGAAGAGCAAGAAGCUGCUAUUAAAUCUAAAAAACGGAAAGAUAAUUUUGUACCAAACAAUUAUUACAAAGAUAAGUACCAACAUCUAAUUGGAAAGGAAGCUGCUUUAGAAGCAGCUAGAAAAACAGAAGCUAAUAGUAGUUAUGGCUGUGUCCCUAGUGAAAAUAAAAAAGAUCAACGAAGUAUAGAGCAAACAUUAGCAGAUAUACGAGCUAAGAAAAGAAAAUUAGAAAUAAGUGUCGAAGAGUCAAAACAUAACAACAAAAGUGCAAAAUAAAAUAAAAAUUAUCCAGAGUGAUGUAAAAUAUUUAAUAUUUGUUUAAU